AUUGGGAACCACUUGCUGCCAUCUAGCGGCCGGUGAUGGUAACGCCAGUAAGAAUCUUGCAAACAACCGGUCACACCUGUUGAACUGUUGUUUUGGACCCGUGUAAUUAAAUGGCUGCGUCCUCACUUUGGUCACUUUUAUGAAAGCAACGUUUUCCACUCACGGCGAUGGGAAGGAAGUCUGACAAAAGCGACGUUUGCGUGAAUUUCCAGGAUCAGACCUGAUCCUCCCUGAUUGGGGACAUCAGAUCACCUGCGUGGACGGAGGCCGGGCGAAGAGCCAACGGGUCAGAUCUGCGUUUCUGUAAAUCCACCCGCAAUGCGCUCGGGAAUGAAAUGUCGCAAGUACGUCAGACCACCCCGCAAAAUCUGACUGAAGGAUACCCGGUGACAAACCUGACCUUAGUUGUCCUCCUGCUCAUCCCCUGCGUGGUCAUCCUCCUCCUGCUGAACUGCUUCUUCCUGGGCUACAAGCUCCUGGUCCUGUCAAAGAGGACCGGCAGACAGAGGCGAGAGGACACGGAGGAGAUGCUGCUGCGGUCCGCCCUGCCCAGACUCACGGUGUCCGACGUGGCCUACUCCCCGCUGCGGGACGGGAGGACAGCCUGCGUGUCUCUGUCGGAGCCCGUCCUCUCCCACCCGGUCACUUCUUCAAGAGCGUCGUCCAGGGACAGGGACGGGGCCGGGUUGACUCACAGGAUCCGGCUGCUGAGGCCCGACGGUGCCACGGGCUCGGGGUCCCUGAGGGCCCCCAGCACCAUCCAGGCCGGGUCCUCCGCGCAGGGCUUCUCCCCGAGGCUCCGCCUUCCUCCCGGUUCUCGGACUUACAGCGUCAGUAAGCCGGGCUGGUGUCGGAGUGCGCCGGUUUUACUGCGGUCCAGUGAUUCGGACGCUGAAACCAGAGUCAACCUGGUUCCGCCAAACUCUCCAAUGCAGGAAACAGAGCGAGUGGGUGACAUUCGUUGGAGCAGCUCGUACAAGAAACUGAUGGAAGUGAACACGGUGGCUCCAGGGCUUCCGUACGACAAGCUGGUCUUGGAGUGUGAGCACCCGACGCCUGAGACAUCCAGUCUGAACACGUCCGCUGUGGGUCCUGGACUGGACAGCGACUUCGGAGCAAGUGCAGGUGUCUCCCUGCGCAUUUUGUCAGGAGAUAGCGACGGCCUGUCCAACGGACUGCUGUCCUCAGCGCUGGAGUGGGAUUAUUAUGACCCCUGUUACGUCAGACAGAAUAAUAUACCCAAACAUAACCGCCACAGGCCUCUGAUGCACGCAAAACAGUACUGGGUGUAGUUAACGGUUUUAUUAAUGUACGUUUUACAUGUUUAAUCAAAAGAGCAUACCGGUAUGCGUGUUUUAUUGAGUUUGUGUCUUAAACGUAACCACUUUAAAAAUACACUGUUCAAUAUUUUUGUUGUAGACGGCACUCUGUUCAUAAUGUGUUGCAUUAACACUGAUCAUUCACUGAAUUUACUGCUAAAGGUUCAAUCAGCAUCCGUCACUCAAUGUUUAAAAUGGUUUUCACUAUUUUCAAUGUUUUCACUCUACUUAUAGUUGUUGAGUUAGCUUUAAGUUUAACACUUUUCCACUUUCAUGAAAUGUUUCACUGUGUAAGAGGUUGUUAUUCACCCAAUUAAUAAAGGCUUAAGAAUGUAAUAAAGACUUUAUUUUAAUAAAUUGAUAGUCUUUAACAUUUUGUUAAAAAAAAAACAGACCUGUUCAAAACGCGCGACUGCAGAUGAUACAUUUUUGGUUAUUCUAUGCAGUUGUUGGAAAAGAUUCAAAAACCAUUCAGGAGCAGUUCAAAAGUAUUCACAUCACUUGAACUUUGUCACGUCUCAACCAAAAGCUUCAAUGAGGAUUUUUUUUUAUUCAAAAGACCAAAACAAAGCGAUGCAUACUUGUAAAGUGGAAGGAUAAUUGUACGUGGAUUUCAACAUGUAAACACAAAAAAACUGAAAAUUCUAAAACAUAUUUCAGUAUUUAAUCAGAGGGUAAACCCCAUAUUACAUGGAUUCAUUACACAAAAUAAAACAUUUCAAGACUUUUAUUUCUUGUAAAUUUGAUGACUAAUGCUUACAGAUAAUGAAAUCACCAAAAUUCAGUAUCUCAGAAAAUAAGAAUGUAAAACGGUUUAAUUUUGGAAACACCCUAAUCAGCUACUUAACUCAAAACACAUGUAAGGGUCAGCAGGCUAUAAUCGUGGGGAAGACUGCCGACUGGAAAGAUUCAAUUCAAUUCCAUUUUGUUUAUAUAGCGCAAAUUCAUGAAACAUGUCAUCUCGAGGCACUUUACAAAG